GACCAGGGUCUUGCUUUGCCGAGGCCCAGAGAGCCUUAUCUGGGAAGAUAACCUGCACCUAAGCUGGGCCAGGCUUGGUUAGUACCUAGAGGAGAGGCUACUAAGAAAUCUCUUAGCUGUAGUGCUUAAGAUGUUGGAGUAGGCCAGUGGUUCUCAACCUUGGCAACUUUAAGAUGUGUGGACUUCAACUCCUGUGGCUGGCUGGGGGAUUCUGGGAGUUGGUCCACACGUCUUAAAGUUGCCAAGGUUGAGAACCACUGGAGGAGGACUAGGGAGACCCACUUGACAUCCACCCUCAGCUAUGGAAACUGAUCUUGUGACUCUGAGCUGGUUACCCUUGAACUCCAACCUAUCUCACCCAGUUGUUGUGGAAGUAAAAUGAAGGGAAAAUCCCACAGAAGCUGCCUUGAACUGCUAUAGAUAAGGCAGGAUAUAAGUACAGGAUGCUUAAAAAAACUCAUUUGCCACGUUCCAAAUUACAGAGAUUAAUUUAUUCUGUUCAGAUUAACAUUUUUGAUGGCUUAAUAAUUUUCAUUAGCACAGAUCAGCUAUCUCUCUACAGAUUAUUAACCUUCGGUUGGUUUAGGAAUGGAGAGGGGCUGGAUGUCCUAAAGACACAUUUUUGGUCCAUUACGCUGUGGGAAAGGGCUAGGAAGUCACUCUACGCAGUUCUGGGGCUUAUAUUAAGAAUAUAGGAAUACUCUGCCAACUCAGUCCGUCCAACUAUUAAAGCGACUCUGCGCUCCAGCCUUGGUUUAGGUAUUACGGUGGGAAAGCCAAGAAUUCCUCAAACCCCUUCCUUUAAAACCUCCCCCGGCACUACUAGCCCCAAGCCAAGCCGGCGCCGCCGAGGACAGCAGCUGGAAUCCCUGGACUGCAGGGUCUCUGGAGAGUGCCGUGUGUUGCACCAUCUCUUGCCAAGCAGCGCUUCCUCAUGGAGCCCAAGACACGUCCUUCUAGCAGAUUUCCUGAGCCGGGAUCCUCGCUCCCAACAACUAUGGGGAAAAGCCUACAGGGAGCAGUUCAAGGGGGGCUGAGAACCCUGUACCUGCACCUUCUCUCGCUGCGGGAGGGGAUUCUGAGUUGGUAUUUCUGUCUGAAGCAGAUUCAGUGGGAUCUCCUGUGCUGGAUCCAGGCCUCCAUGGAGCUGACCAUAGACUUCUUCUUCUGCUGGGCGCAAAAUGCCCUCCUAGCUUCCAUGAUGCUCCUGCUGGUGGCAUGGCAAGUUCACAAUGGAGCCAAGGAGUAUGGCUGGAGAUCAUUCCUACGAAGGCUGGUCCCAGAAGAGCAGCUUACCCAGAGGAUCUCACUACUGAAAAGCUGCUACUGGAAUCUGGAGAACCUCCUGAUUCAGGUAGCCUGGACCUUGGUUUGUUGCUUCAUUUGGGUUGUGUCCUGCAUUGUUCAGACCCUGGAAGCCAGCUACAAGCAAGCUGCCCAGAUGGCCAGAGACCAGACUGAAGAAGACAAAAAGGAAACAGCAGGGGGACUGCUGAUGACCCCUCACUCAGCUCUUCUCCCAAGGCAGGAAUUGCUGAUCUAGCUGGCAUUCACUAAACAUUGCUGGAGGAUAUCUUA